UCAUGUUUUUCGAAUUUGAAACAUCCAAUCAACCAAAAGAUUCUUCGAAAUCUUUGACAAAUUUAACCACGAAAAAAUCACCCAUUUCACCAUUAGCCAUUGAUUCAUCAACAUCGCUUCUUACUAAUCACAUAUCAUCGUUACCGAUAAGACAUCGACGAUAUUCAAUGCAUUCAUUCGUGGCAACAGGACAACAACAACAACAGCCAAAUACAUUAGGAACAUUACGAGAAAAUAUUCCUACAAGUAGUAAUUGUGAUUUAGCUUUAAUUACGAAAAAGAAAUUGAUGCUUCUGAGUGCUAAUGGUUCGUCAUCUGCAUCAUCAUCAUGCAUUUCAAAUGGGCCAUUUUCGACAAAAUUAAAAUCGACUGAAGAAGGAUUCAUUGAACCGGAUGUUAAAUUGAAUCAAACAUUUACUAAGCGUAGUAAUAGUGAUCUAAGGAAAGAAGUUCUACUCGCUUCGAUACAGCGAUCAUUGUCAGCUAGCAGUGAAGAUUUGUUUGUAAUGAAUAAAUCAUUAAAUUAUGAAUCCUCAAUGAAUGAAACAACAACCGAUAGUUCAGAUGAUGAUCCUAUGGAUGUUCGAGAUCGAUAUUCAGAUUGUCAACCACAAACAACAUCAAUGAUGAUGAUGAACACUGAUCGAACACUGGAAUCAUCAUCAACAUCGGUGGCUAUCCCAAUGUCAAUAAACAAUCAAAAUAGCACACCUGGUGGUCGUCAUAGUUCACAAGCCAUUUAUAUGCCAUCGGAAACACAAAUCAAUCAACGUUCGAUGACAACAUUUACAUCGACUACAUCGAUGGCUGGAACGGUAAAAAACAAUCAUUCAUCUAUCAAUCAUCAGUCGAAUAAUCAAAAUCAACAAUCGAAUAACAUAUCAAUGUUGAGCGAUAUGGGAAUAAUGAUGAUAAUGGGCAGUGGUGGUAACGCUGGUGGUAGCAGUUCAUCAUCAUAUUAUAGUCGUUGUAAUUCAUCAUUUUCAUCGUCAUCCCCAUCAUCAUCAAUGGCCAAUAUUUGUCAAACGGUACAAUCAUCACCAUCACCAAUGCGUACAUCAUUGAUGAAAAAACGAAUGUAUUCUACAUCACCAUCGAAACCAUAUUCACCACCAUUAUCAUUGAAUCAUCAUCAAAAUAAUACUAAUAAAGAUCAAUCAAUGCCAUUAUCAUCACCAGAUUGGGAAAAAGCAUUUAAAAGACUUAAGGUGAUGCAUUCAGCAGCAUCUGCAGCAACCGUAUCUGUUGAUUUGAAUAAUGAUCAUCAUCAUCAUCAUCAUCAUCCACAACAGGAACAACUUAACGAAUUGGCACAAGAUUUCCAUCGCCUUAAAACACCAUUCACUUGAUUCAUUUGUUUGAUUAUUUCCAUUUGUGUUUAAAUCUAUGCAUGUAUCAACAAUCAAUCAUCAAUAAUUUAUU